CGGGCUAUGAGAGUUGAAGAAUUCAGAGCUGCAUCCUAACCUCUUUUUACGGGAAUUUAUUUUAGAAAUAAUUGUAAAUAAUUACAUAACACUUAUUGCAAUGGCUUCAUUAAAUGUGUAUUCAGUGGGUAGACUUGCCAAAUAUGUUGCCGGAUCACCGUUGAGGACGCUUCGAGCUAAUGUAUACAGAAGUGCAGUAUGCAGAUACAGCACAGAAGAGAAGGCUGCGGAGCCCGAGGCAGACAACAAGCAGCUCCCCGGCACCGUAGAGGAGUGCCACAAGCACAUUGAGAGUCUGACUGCCGAGGUCAACACGCUGAGAACACAAGUUAAGGAUUUUGAAGACAAAUACAAACGCGCUCUAGCGGACGGCGAGAACGUGCGGCGUCGCAUGAUGAAGCAGGUGGAGGACGCCAAGUCCUUCGCCAUACAGAGCUUCUGCAAGGAUCUACUUGACGUAGCAGACACUUUAGCAGCAGCCGCCGAGAGCGUACCAGAGAGCGAGGUGUCGGAGGGCGGAGGCACGGAGGGCGGCGCCGCCGCAGCCCUGCGCUCGCUGCACUCUGGAGUGCGGCUCACUCGGGCGCAGCUCACGCAGGUGUUCAGCAGACACGGUCUGGUAUCUGUGUCUCCUCUCCGCGAGAAGUUCGACCCCAAUCUACACGAAGCUUUAUUCCAACAGGAAGUGGAAGGCGCGGAGGCAGGCACGGUGGUGGCGGUGUCGAAGGUGGGCUACAAGCUGCACGAGCGCUGCGUGCGGCCCGCACUCGUCGGCGUCGCCAAGUGAUGGCACACCCGUUUAGAAUCGAUGCCUAACUACGGGGAUUGUUAGAUCUAGCCCACACAAAAGGAUAAAAUAAUAAUUUUAAUACUUACAUACACAAAAUAUAAUAAUAAAAAAGUCUGUACAUUUAAUAUUUUUUUAAGAUAACGACUUCCUAAAUUGUGCUUAGAUUUAGAAGUUAAAAUAGUGCGUCCUAAAAGUGGGAUUCCACCACUGUGUUUACACCAAAUGUAUCUUUUGGGGCUCAAUUUUUGCUAAUUAUACUUAAGCGACAUACAUUUGAUAUCCAACUGAGAUUCAAUCACGACUCAAUUACGAUUGAAGCAUGUGGCAUUAUAUGUUAUAAAUAAACGUUUUUAUCCUUUUCUGUGAUUCAAUAAUGAAUCUUAUUACAUGUAAUUGAUUUACAAUUGUAAAGCAGACUACCCCAUAGACCAAUAGCAGACCAAUGGCAAACCAAUGGUGUGUAAUAAAUCCAAUUGACACUAUAUUCAAUUAGCAGAAUUGAGCCCCUAGCCUAGUAGUCUACUCGCUAUAGCAAACAGUAACACAUUGCAAUAUAUUUUGGUGGAAUCUCCCUCUCUGGGUUUGGAUGAUAUUAUAAUGUUUAAAAACCUGUUUUUUUUUUCUUUAUUUAUAUUAUAGAACCAAGUUGUAGACAUUUUGAAAUGUUGAUAUGAACUUAUUUUUUGUCGGAUUGGAUUGUAUUGUAUUGUAUGUUGUCAGCCUUCAAAAAGUUUUCGUUAAACCCUGAUUAUUUUGAGUAUUUUUCCAAGUCAUUGAAAAUGCAUUUUUUUUUAUAUUAAAAUCCUUUUAUGUUGUUUCAUACACUAUUCUUGGUAUAGCGAUUCGUGGAACUUAUUUGGGCUCAUUCACAAUAAAAGUCUGACUAAGGAAAACAGUCGUUUAUCAUAAAUUCAAACUAACUAUUAGGGAUUUUAGUUCCUAAAACGAUUUGGACAAGUAGGUUUCACAUCCUAGCUUCACAGUAAAAAAAGUUGAAUUUUAAAGUAAGCAAUUGUUUUUAGAAAACUGACUUAUAUGUUGUUGGUGGACUUAAAAUUUUGGCCAGUAUGAAAUUAUCACGAAGAGCUUUUUAGUGUGAAAUGGUAACGACUUGAAACAUUGUGAAUUGCUUAAGUUUUAAAUUAAGUCUUGUACUUAAAUUGGCAAGGGUUUUCUUAAAUGGUGGACAAAACAGGACUUUGUGACUUCGAAAAAUAGUGUAAAUGUAAAAAAUUAAAUUCAAGAUACCUCUUUAUUUUGUGUUUUUUCAUAUGAGAAAUUGCUAAUUUUACAAAAUAAAAUACUGGAAAUGUAUUUUUUGACAAAAAAGUGCAGUGUUAUAUUUUGUAAAAACAGUCUGUGUGUGUGAAAUUUUGAAAAAUUCAUGUAAUAUAAGAGCGGUUUUUAUCAAAAUGUUGGUUGUUUUGCAAUGUACGAGUAUGUCUGUAAACCCAAAGAUAUGUUGUAUAUAUUUGAAUGGUUCAAACAUAUUGGUUUUAUAUGUAUUUACGUUCUCCUCAAAUAAUUUUGCCGUCCCGAUAUGAAACUAGCAUAGAGAACAAAAUGACUAGCGGAGAUGACAUAACGCAAAAUCUCCUAAGAAAGUAGCGCGACAACAUGCGGGUGCGAGGGGGACGCGAAACGUUACUAGCUAAAAAACCCCGCCCAUUUUCAAAAUAAAAUCACCAAUCAAUCAAGACCAAUCUUUGACAGAUUGGUUUUGAUUUGACAAGGAACCCGAACGUCUCGUUAGUUCUAGCAACUGAUCACGUCUACCGCACGUUGCUUGAGCUACAAGAAGGCGCCUGACCUACCUUCCUUAUGGCAUCUCCGCUAUGUUUCCUUCCUCCGUGGUUGCUUAUGACUUCACUAAAGUCUGAACGACGACUUUCAGACCGGCAGACUUAUUUGACGAGAGCUCUAAUUAGAUUUAAAAUUACGAGAGAGAGUUUUUUAAAUGCAUUUAUUUUUUAAAUUAUUAAGUUUCUGUAUUUAUUUCUUGUUUAGACAAAACAAUGGUGGUUUGUGAAAAUAAUUUUGACAGAAAUUGUUAUGAUUUCAAAUUAUAUUUGACUCUAGAAAUUAACCGAACCUACAAAUAGUGAACCUCCUUUUUUGAAGUCGGUUAAAAUAGCGAAAUUAUUAUAUAAAAAACGUAGUUAAAUUAAAGCAAGAGGACCAAGCCCAGAAAGUCUGACAACCAGUCUUGCCAAGGGGUAUCGUGUUGUCCAGGUAACAGUCGCUCCUUGUGACACACUGGUACUCAGCUGCAUCCGCUUAGACUUGAAGCCGACCCCGUCAUGUAAGGAAAGGGCUAGGCAGAUAAUUUAAGAGUCAAAUGUGAUUUGUAAUCAUGUAGUAAAUGAUUUUCUCUCUCUCGCUUCUGUAGAAUUCCAUGUAUAGUUGAGCUCAGUCGUUGAGUUCAGUAGUUCCAAAUAUAGUUGAUUAUUGUUACAAAA